CACACGUUUUUACAGGUUAUGAUGUAAAAUUUCAAAAAUGUAUACAUAUUUGGGACAGAUUUCCGAUAAAUUUUGAUUUUCCAUAUUUUAAUAUUUAUUGUUUACUGAUUUUACCAAUCGCUGUCACCGCUGCAGACCGUUGUUAUUGCUAAUUUGUUCAAAACAUACAUAAUAUCAUUGAUUAUAAUAUGUUUUUAUUAGUAGUAUUUAUAAUCAAUGGUAAUAUGUAAGUAAGCGUCUGCAAAUUCUAUACCAAACUUACAUUAGCUAACAAAAUAUCAAGAGAUUAUUUGAAUCCUACUACGAAUUGAUUGAAAAUGAAAGCAAUCGGUAGUAGUUUUUCGGUUAAUUUCCGACGAAUAUUGUGCAACAACUUAACCACACGUACAUAUGUGUCGGAUACAAAGGGUUCAGAUAAAAAACAAUCAAACGAUGAUCUAUUGAACAGCAUUAAGCCUCAUUCACGCAGUGGAGUAUUGUCAGUUGUUGAAAAAGAUGACAGCGGAUUUCCUUCAUAUUUCAUACUUAAAGAAACUAGUCCGUUACUGAGUCAAGCCAUGAUUAGCGUUAAAAAUAAAAAAAAGCGUCAUCAAAAUAGCAGCAUACUUUUAGAAGGCAAACGUCUGAUACAAGAUGCAUUAAAUGCUGGUGUGAAGCCUAAACAAAUAUUUUUCAGUCAGAAGAGAGUAUUAGAAAACUUAUGUUUACCUGAAGAACUACGAGAUCUCCCAGUCACAAGUACAAUAUUUUAUAAGACUCCUUAUAAAAUGAUUCAAUUAUUUUCAGAGACUGAGACUUCCCAAGGAAUAAUGGGUAUCUUUGAAUUUCCAAUUAUUGAUCAUAGAGCUAGAAAACAGUCAUUUCCAAUUACUGUAAUCUGUGAUAAUAUUCGUGAACCUGGCAAUUUAGGUGCUGUGUUAAGAACUGUAACAGCUGUUGGAGCAUCACAAAUUAUUUUAAUGAAAGGCUGUACUGAUUUGUGGGGAGACAAAGUAUUGAGAGCUGGUUGUGGUGCACAUUUCAGAAUGAAAAUUAUAUCGGAUGUCAGCUGGAGCAAUUUGGAAAAUAUCAAAGGUCAAGUCUGUUUGGCGGAUAACAACUUUGCAAACAAUGUUGAUUAUUCAAAUAUUGAUGAAGAUACAAAUGUAAAUGUUUUUAGAAAAUCAGCUCCAAUUGAAUUACCAAUAGUUCCUUACUAUGAAGUAGAUUACUGUAAAACCACUCCUUUGAUACUCAUUAUUGGAGGUGAGACACAUGGGUUGAGUGAUGAAGGAUGUGAGUUUGCCAAAUUACGAAAAGGUAUCCGCAUAAACAUUCCACUUGAAAAUGGAAUAGAAAGCUUAAACUCUGCAACAGCUGUAGGUAUAUUAUGUUUUGAAGCCAAAAAACAAAUGUUAAAUUUAGUAAGAAGUGAAGAUGAAAUUGAUAAAAUUGAACAAGCAUAUUAAAAUUAUAUAG